CCCCUUCUUUUUAUAGCACAGAUGUGAAACGUGGUACUUCCUUUCCGACUGGAAAUCUCCUAGUGGCGUUGAUAACGUUAAUCGUAAUUCAACCAUAACGUUAAAAUGUCAGGAGGUUUAGAUGUAUUAGCCCUCAAAGAGGAUGAUGUUACCAAAAUGUUGGCUGCAUUUACCCACUUGGGUGCAGAAAACGUGAACUUCCAAAUGGAACAAUAUGUCUAUAAAAAGAAAAAUGAUGGUGUCAGCAUCAUAAAUUUACGUCACACAUGGGAAAAGUUACUCUUAGCAGCACGUGCUAUUGUAGCUAUUGAACAUCCAAGUGAAGUUUUUGUCAUCAGUUGUCGUCAAACUGGCCAGAGAGCUGUUUUGAAAUUCGCACAGCACACUGGAGCUACACCUAUUGCUGGACGUUUCACGCCUGGUGCUUUCACCAAUCAGAUCCAGUCUGCCUUCCGUGAACCCCGUCUUCUGAUCGUAACUGACCCAUCCACCGACCAUCAGCCAAUCACUGAGGCCAGUUAUGUGAACAUUCCAGUAAUUGCAUUCUGUAAUACUGAUUCACCUCUCCGUUUCGUCGACAUCGCUAUUCCCUGCAAUACAAAAAGUCUUCAUUGCGUGGGUCUUAUGUGGUGGUUGUUGGCGAGAGAAGUGCUCAGACUGAGGGGUUCUAUCGCUCGCGAAAGCAAAUGGGACGUUGUCGUUGAUUUGUUCUUCUACAGAGAUCCAGAAGAGGCCGAGAAGGAAGAACAGGCCGCUAAAGAGAUUGCACCAGCUAAAGAUUUCACAGGACCAGUUGAAGUUGCAGCUACUGCAGAACCCGGUUGGGUCAACGAAGUCGACGCAGGUGCAGUCACUACUGAAAACUGGGCCGACGAUGUUGCAACACCAACCGCCGCAGCUACUGCUAUUCCUGCUGCGACUGCUGCACCAGCAUUCCAAACUGGUGGAGACUGGGCUGCACAGACUUCAGAAGAGUGGUCUACAAGCACACAACCUACUACUGGUCAAAGUUGGGGAGGUGCUACCACAGAAAAGUGGUAAUUUUAUCCUCUUUGACUGUUUCAUACACUGACAUAUUUUGUACAGUGAACAAAAUAAAACGACUAAAAAUCGGAA